GUGGAGAUCUACCCGGAAGAUGUUUCCGACGGAGAAAUAUGCAUUGCAAAAAUGUCUGGGUCUGGAAGAGUACAAACUUGUAAUGCGCAUUUCAGAACACAGAAAAGUCUCUCAUGCAUAGGUAGCAAAAGCUGCCCAAUUUCUGUCACCAAAAUGGGGGACUUGUCAUGCGCAUUCGGCAUGCCGGAAGCUUCUCGAAACCUGUGAUGCUAGAGCUUCCAUGCCAGCCCUUCUGUGUCAUGCAAAAACAGCAUGACUCUUCCAGACCCAGACAUUUUUACAUUUCAUAAGAAAAUGCCGAUAUAAAGGUCAAACUCAAGGACGAACUGAACGCCGCCUUGCUCGACGCGUUACCAGACAUCAAGAAGGAGUGCAGCUGCAUUAUGGAGGUCUUUCUUUUAGCCCUGUGGGUCAUUCUUUCAAGGUUUUUCGCUUAUCCCUAUGGACGAUCGUGAUUUUGAUUAGUUCAAGAUGGGUCAUGUUCUUUCGUAUCAGCGGAUCUCGAAAAAGAAUUGUGGUUUUUUCACGUUCAUCGUUGAUUUAUGACGGCGCCCAGGAACAAAUGAAGGAGAAAGUCCGUCAAAAUAAAUCUCACGCAGGCGUCCGUCGCAGAGGUGGGGCAACUGAACCUCAUCCGCGAGAUAUCAGAAGGAAAAAUCCCCCCUCCCCAUAUCGAGACGAAGUUUCUGAUGCUGGAUUUGUUUACACAAAUCAGAUUUGUCUUGCUGGCAAGGACUGCAGGCCCAUAUCAAGCCUGAGUAGACUGGUUUUGGCCUAGGCGCUUUGCAUGAUAGACGUCUACUCUGUAAGUAAAACAGCACGACAGACCGCCUGUAGAAUGCGGCGGAGCAUGUGGAGUUGCCUUCAUGCAACACAAAGACGAUUUGUGGUCACAAAUCAGCAACGCAAAUUUUCGAAAACGUGCCUUGUCAAUAUGGGGAGGGGGGAUUUUUCCUUUUGAUACGAGAAGCAGCGCGUGAUCAAGAUCGGGGUGCUAUUGAGAGGAAAAAUCCCCCCUCCCCAUAUUGAAAAGGUAUGUUUCCAAAAAUUUGUGUUGCGGAUUUGAGGUCACAAAUCACAUCUGUCAUGCAAGACGACAAGGGCAGAAGCUUUCGCCCCAUUAGGGAAGCGAUUUGUCAUGCUGGUGGGCUUAAAGGGGAGCCGUUUGCCAUGCUGAGCAACUAGACCCAUACGCCCCUACCUAGCCUGGGGAUCUGGCCGCAGUGCCGCUCUGCAAUACAAAGCUGAUUCGUGGCCACAAAUCAGCAUCACAAAUUUCCGUUUUUAUAUGGGGAGGGGGGAUUUUUCAUUUUGAUAGGUGCGGACGCUGGAAAACGUUCCAGUGAACAAGGGCAUCCAGGAACUGCUACUGGACGACGCCUUGGCUGAGUACCGGAAAUCCAAGGCAAAAGCGGCCGCCACGAUGAGCCAGAUUUCGAAAGAAUUUGUCCAGUUGGUCGACAUUGGAGAGGAUGAAACCUACGAAGAACCUGCCGCGGCGCUGCUGCAACUCGGCGCGAACUUCCUCCAGGACGAACAUCUUCGAGGACCCGCGUAUGCAUUUGUAGAAACGUCGUGUGUCGCAGCUACUAGCAGAACCAGUUUUAUCGUGAGUUGCCUUUUUGCGAAAUAAUUUUCGGAAAACGUAUCAGCUCACGUGAAAAAUAGAAAUACGACAAUUUAGACUGCGUCAAAUAUGGACGAUUUCGAUCAUACUUUUGUGCAGCUGCAUACUGCGGGUAAUAUUUGGACCACGCCAAACGGGAACAAUGCUAAUUUCGAUGAAUUUUCCGGUUUAGUGGACUUCAAAACGGUACCCACAUCAGCCUUGGAUGCGUCGUUCCCGACCUUGCCCACGUUAUUGGAAGAGGAAGAGCAGGGCUUUUCUCUUGCGAAUUCCAACGAAGCAAAUCCGUAUAGUAGUUACGCCAGAGGUGGUGUAACAACAUCUUUCCCUUCCAGUAGCUCUUUGAGUGUAUUACCAGAACAACCCCCCUUCUCCUUCCUGCAACAGCAAUCCUUGUCGCAAGCAAGUACUUCUUCUGCGUACCGGGCGCCGACGAACCCAAAGAUGAUCAAAACGAUGUUUCAC